AUGGCUGAUAUUCUUCAGCAAAUCAAAUGCAAACGCGCUUCUGAAAAUACUAUCUACCACACGAUUUACGGUUACUACUUUUUGGGAAUUCCAAAGGCUAAGCUUAGUCAAAUUUACAAUAAGCAUAAAUCGACAAUAUCAAAUUGGAUAUCUACCUACGAAAAAAACGGGUUUUUUUCGCGACAGGAGUAUACAAGAGAUAUGAAAAAAUUUGGAUCCGAGAAACGGUCAUGGAUUGUGAGUUUAUACCAGACCACACCCACUCUGUAUCUCAAUGAAGCCAAAAACCUAUUCGAAAAAAACUUCAGAAUGCCAAUAUCAUGUGCCUCAAUAUGCCGUAUACUUCACCAAGAAGGAUUCUCUUGGAAAACUCUUGAAAGAAGGGCUAUACAGAUCAGAACGGAAGAUAUUAUAAGAUUCUACGAAGAAAUAAACUCUUUUCGAUGGGAUUAUCACAAUCUUAUCUUCUUAGAUGAAGUAAGCUUCGACAAUAAAGCGAUGUUAAGAAGUCGUGGUUAUGGAAUGAAGGGUAAAAGAUUGGUUUGCCGAGGUGAGUACGUACGAAAACCCAGAAUGUCGUUACUAUGUUUCAUAUCACAAGAAGGAAUGGAAGAAACAUUCAGUACAGAAGGAACAUUUAACAGAGCGAAGUUUUUUGAUUGUUGUCGAAAGUUCUGUACUCGGAAAGAAGUUUUUCAAUACCCUGGACGCAAUUCAAUAUGGAUUCUUGAUGGGGCUCGUAUUCAUUGUGAUCCAAUGAUCGUUUCGUACCUCAGAUCUAUGGGCAUAAUUCCAAUAUUUCUCCCUGCCUAUUGUCCGUUUUUCAUGCCAAUAGAGUUUGUAUUCGGUUUAGUCAAGCAAUAUAUGAAGUUUUCAUACAAGGAAGAUAAUUCCAAAAACUUCCAAUUACUGGUUAUGGAGGCAAUUGACCGCUAUACAAACUAUCGGAUGGAUAACCUUUUUAAAAAAUGCGGAUAUAUAAAAGGAGGCUUUUUUGAUCCUACAAUUGCAUUGGAAAAUGACGUAAUAAGGCUUGGAUUCGAAGAAAAUAGCGAGAAAAGAUACCACCUGUAA